AACAAAUCAAACAAAACCAUGAAGUUCUUACUAUUUAUCGCUGGAGUUGUACUCCUUCAAGUGACUGGCAGUCAAAGUAACCCCCCACCUCCUCCAGAGUUUUCCGAAUGUGCCAAAGAAGCAGGAAUAUCGGAAGACAUGUUAAAACAUGGCCCUGAGGCCCAUAAAGGACUAUCGGAAUUCAAGUGCCUUACCGCAUGUAUGAUGAAGAAGAAGGGUGAGUUGGAAGCAGGUAAUAAUAUCAAUCUGGAUAAAUUAAAGGCAAAUCGGCCAGCCAACUUGGCAGAUAAAGCCGCUGAAAUGGAGAAAGCGGACCAAGAAUGCGCGGAGACAGCCAAAGGGACUGCGGAUGAGUGCGACUUUGCUAACGCAUUUAAGGAAUGUCUGCAUUCAAAGUUUCCUAUGGGAAUGAAAGGAGGCCAAUAAUGAGAGACGUUUGAUCCAGGAAAGAAAAAAGUGCAAAUGGUUUAUCUUCAGCAGAAUAAAGGUGUUUAAUUUAUUAAAUUAUCUCUCAAAUAAAUCUGCCUAAUUCGUUGUUAUGU